CCGCCGACCGGUCUCAUGGUCGCCCUUGGUUCUGCAGCGCUGCCGCUUGCGUUGCCUGCCCCGCGGCCAUCCACUCAAAAUUUCGAGGACCUUUGAACUUCCGGUCGGCGAACGGGACGGGAGCCACCCACUCACGGCAUUCGCACGCGCACCGCGUACCACGGAGCCACGGCCUCUCCACUACCUGUGCGACUCGCUUCCCCCAACUCCGGCAUUGUGUGCGCCAACUGCUCUUCCACCCGCUCAUUCAAGGUCACAUUUCCUUUGUCGUCCACCCCACCGUCGCGACAGCUCCGAGGAGCAUUUGGCCAGCAAAGAUGAGCCGCUUCUCUACCGGCCGCCUUCUGGCGCAGAACCUCUUCCAGGCCUUCAACAAGCCCGUUUUCCCCAGCGCCACGCCACUAUGGACGCGGGCGUUCUCACAGACCGCCGCAAGGAGGGACGCCGACUCCGAAAGCUCAGCCAAGUUGAUGGAGUCUUUGACUCGGGGCAUUGUCGGCAUGGCCGCAGAUCCCACCGAUUUGACCGGUGACAAGCUUGCAACCAACAUCGGAUUGAGGGAUACCGAGGACGAGCCAUACCACUUCCACAUCUACUCGCACAAGCACAACACUCACAUUACCGUCACCAAGCCGAAUCGCGACGCUCUCAUAUCCCUUUCGUGCGGCAACCUUGGCUUCAAGAAGUCUAAUCGCAAACACUACGACUCGGCAUAUCAGUUGGGCGCCUACGUGGUAGACAAGAUGCAUCAGAUGAACCUGCACAAUAAGAUCAAGAAGAUGGAGGUGGUCUUACGAGGAUUCGGCCCUGGCAGAGAGGCGGUCAUCAAGGUCCUGCUUGGAAAUGAAGGAAGGAUGUUGCGCAGCUCCAUCGUACGUGUCAGCGAUGCCACACGCCUCAAGUUCGGUGGUACAAGGAGCAAGAAGCCCAGACGUUUGGGUUAAGCGAGUGCAGCUGGUCUUGGGGACAGAACUGGAUGGGGAGCCGUCACAGCCUGGCUGGCAGCAAUGGGCUGGCGGUCGUGUACAUGUCAUGUAUAAUAAAGAAUCUGUCAUUGAAUUGCAUGUUAGGAUACCCGGAAGGGGACCGCAUGCCGAUCCGCUUCCAGGUUCUGUUCUCUUCAUUUCUUAUGACAUUUAAAAGGGUGCAUUGAGGCUCAGAGUCAUGUGUAUUUGUUGCUGUACAUGGCCCAAAGGUGAGCUUCCGGAUGUCCCAUUGCGUUGGAGAUCACGGCGAGGAACACCGAGUUAUUGGAUUACCUUCGUUCCGAUACUGUAGCGUCCCUCUUGGGAAUCUACCGGCAGCCCGGCAAGAACCGUACUGUCGGACCCACUUAAAUUUUCAAUUGUCGGCA